AUGGUGACGCUGGGGUUACAGCUUGAAAGGAGGGGACAGCAAGAGAAGGGUCGAGUAGAGGCGAUCGAAGACGAGGCACGACCGUGGAGGACCGGAUGGCAUCCGCCAGUCACACCUAUCCCUGCUGCUCGCCCUGAGCGCGCGUCUCAAGAAAUCGCUGAGUUGAGGCCCACCUUUCACAGAAAUCGAGCUGGUGAUAUCCGAGACUCCUCUUUCACAAUCUUCGUGGUCGUCCUGUCUCGAUGCACUGAGGGAUCGGCGCCCUGGCCUCUGCUAGCUGCCAUCGAUACCAGCAACAAGUUCAGGAUUGAAAUCAGCGCUGACCUCAAAGAAGGGCAAUCAUGUUACACCCUGCUGUUCGGGAACGUCGCUAGGCAGUCUCCUCUCAACGUGGACAUGGAAAGGACGCAGAUCAUUGCUGUGAGGAAGGAAAAGACGGGAGUCAGAUGGUGGAUCAACGGUGACGAGUGCGAUGCUAUCGCUCCUGGGACUCUGGUAACAGAGGUAGACGACAAGAACGACCCGAUCAAGCAGAGAAUGAAGAGCAGAAUGUCCUCAAGGAACUCUUCUGUCAGGAGCCAAGAGAACGAGGCCAUAGAUCUCUCUAUCGAUCAGAUAUAUCUUGGGAGGAGCGUGGUGGAGGUAGAGGGCAUCCUUUCAGAGCAUAAAAGGCAUCACUUCUUUGAUGGAAACCUGGCGGAAUUGAUUGCGUACCGAGCUGCACUGAGCAAAGAUCACGUGGAUGAGAUCGGGAAAUAUCUUGCCGGCAAGUUUGAAAUCGCAUGGCUGUUGAAAUGGAGGAGAGCGUCGAGCACCGUCCACAGCUUCUCCUUCUCCACGCACUCAAGUGUCGCAGGCCUGAUCGUCGACCUCUCUCACCCUGAACGAGCAAUGGCGAGCCUCACCGAGCUGCGGGACUUGAGCUGCAACCCAGUCAAGGCAGAGGAGAUCGCAACCUACGACGAGAUCUGGGACAGAAUCUCCUCCUUCACCCAGUUGCCAAACGAGGACCUUCAGAGGCUGAGCUUCAUCCUCGUGGGUAACCUUGCAUUCUACUCGGCAGAGGGCAAGGCAGCAUUGACGCAUCGCAACUUCAUGCAUGUCCUUCUCGACAGCGUCCUGCACUCGGAGAGUGUGCAUGUGGAGGCUGCCUCCUGUGAAGCGCUGGGAAGAUGGUGCGAGAACGACUCUGCGGCUCAGAUGCAUCUCAUUUCCAUCGGAGGUCUGGCAGUGAUUGGCAACAUGGUUGCCUCAUCCAACUCUCGAGUCAAGAGCUCGGGGUGUCAGCUGCUGUCCAACAUGCUGUCCGACCCCAUCGUCUCCGAGAUCGUCCUGGCAGAGGAUUCCAUCUCCUCCAUGACAGGAGCCUUUCUCGAGCUCCUCCUCGUCGAUGACAUUAGGAUCCAGAGCAUUGCUGCUCGAGUCCUCUGGACUCUCGCUGAGAUCCCAGAGAGGAGGCAGAAGCUCAUCCAGGAUAACGCACUCGAGUACAUCGUCAAGAUGAUCGGAGCAAGGCAUGACGAGCUGCAGUCAGCUGCAAUGCAAGUCCUUUCGAAGUUCCUCUGCCACGAGCCGAAGCUGCUACAAGUUGUCUUGAACCAUCCGAUCCUGCCGGUCACGCUGGUUGACCUGGCGAGUUUUGCGCAGAGAGAGGACGUGGUGGGCAGGGCUCUGAAUUGCAUCUUCUACAUGUGCGUGAGAGACGAGCAUGCGGUCAAAGUCUGCGACCUGGGGCUGCUGGACGCGCUGCUGAUCCUCGUGAGGCGGCAAGAGGCUCUCGUCAUCACCAACAGCAUGAUGAUCAUCGCGGCGCUGUCUCACCUUGCUGACCAGAUGAAGUACCUGGUGAAGGAGCACAUCGCUCGAGAUCUGAUCAAGAUACGAGAGAGCGACGUCGGCAAGACGGUUGAGAAUCUUGCCUGCGCUGCCAUCGGGAUGUUCAUCAAGAACUUCGAGGGGAGGGAGCUGAUGGAGGUGAAGAAGAGUCUCAUGCAAGACAACGUGCUUGACUACCUCCUGGAAACGAUCGCUCAAGGAUACACAGACGACUACACCAUCGUCUAUGAAGGAUGCAAGAGUUUGAUGUACUUCGCUGCUCAAGAUCACGCUGCGUCCGAGUUCUGCGCAAGAAAGGCCCUCAAAGACUUGUUGAGGAUCAGCAGGGGAGAGAAGGAGAUAUCCCGUCUGUCGUUGCGCAGCUACAUCCUCCGUGCGCUCCCGGAAGAAACGCUCACACCAGAGCAGCUGGCAGAGAGAAGUUCAGAGAGGCCUCGACACCUCGAAUGGCAGGGCAUGCGAACCAUCGCCGCGGUCAUCUACGGCGGAGAGCCGCAGACUGUGCGAUACGUGCUGGAGCGAGGGGGGUUGAGCGCAGUGAUCUCCCUUUGCCUCACGGGGCCCUACCAGCUCAGACAGGAGGGAGCAAGAGCCAUCUCCACCGUCUGCUUGCACUGCAGCUCUCCGGAGUUCUGCUAUGAGGACUACACCGUCAACUCCUUCCGAGAGAUCGCAAACUCCCGGGUGAUCGAAGUUUACAUUCAAGUCUCCUUGGACCCCUCCUCUCCUGCGUACGCGCCGGCUGUGUGGGAUGUAGCGCUCAUGCAUGCCUGCAGGGAUGCCAGCGCAGCGGCCUACGACGUCUUGUCAUACCUGCACAACUUCGUGGACAACGAAACGUUUGUUGAGAACUCUGAUCCAACAAUCAGGUGA